CCGGCGUGGUGACAGAUUGACAGUGAAUACUGUAAAGGGUUAUUAGGGCUUACCAGCAAGAUCUGGCACCAUGUCCUUCAGAGACUUAAGAAAUUUUACAGAGAUGAUGAGGUCUCUGGGUUACCCCCGGCUGAUAUCUAUGGAGAAUUUCAGGACGCCAAACUUCUCCUUGGUUGCAGAGAUCCUGAUCUGGCUUGUCAAAAGGUACGAGCCACAGAUGGAAAUCCCCACCGAUGUGGACACAGAGCAGGACCGCGUUUUCUUCAUCAAAGCAGUUGCUCAGUUCAUGGCUACAAAGGCUCACAUUAAACUCAACACAAAGCGCCUGUACCAGGCGGACGGCUACGCGGUCAAGGAGAUGCUGAAAAUCACAGCCUUGCUUUAUAAUGCUAUGAAGACCAAGGGAAUGGACAGCGGGGAUAAAGCAGAGGAGGAGAGUAACAAGUUCAAGUUUGACCUGGGCUCUAAGAUUGCUGAUUUGAAGUCUGCGAGGCAGCUAGCAUCGGAGAUUACCUCUAAAGGAGCCACUCUGUAUGACUUGCUGGGGAAGGAGGUGGACUUGAGGGAAGUGAGGACAGCAGCCAUUGCAAGACCCCUUGAAAUAAAUGAGACAGAAAAGGCCUUGAGAGCAGCUGUCAAGGAAGCAUUGGAGCACGUCCAGAAGACUAAGGACACGCUGAACAACGUGGCCUCAGACGAAGCCAACCUGGAGGCCAAGAUUGAGAAGAAGAAGCUGGAGCUGGAGAGGAACCAGAAACGUCUCCAGACCCUCCAGAGCGUCCGCCCAGCGUUUAUGGAUGAGUAUGAGAAGAUCGAGGAAGACCUUCAAAAGCAGUACGAGACGUUCGUAGAUAAGUUCCGCAACCUGUGCUACCUGGAGCAGCAGCUGGAGGACUAUCACAGGGUGGAACAGGAGAGGUUUGAGGAGACUGAAAACACCCUGCGGCUGAUGCAGAACAAGCUAAGGGAGGAGGAGAAGAGACUGAUGAAGAGUGGGGGCAAGGAGGAUGAGUCGGACAUGGAGAUCCAGGAAGAUGAGGGAUCGGACAGUGACAUGGAGGACCGGAGACCAACCAGGCCCCGCCUCACCAGGGACCUCGCCAUUCCAGGCAGAGCUGGUGCCCGCAUCUUGGGAACAAUGCAUGGAGGAGACAGUGAUGAGGACGACUCUGAGGACAGCGAGAUUGACGUGGAUGACGAUGAUGAAGAUGAUGGGGAGGACGAUGAAGAGCUCAAGGACGCAGUGGACGAUCUGGACAGCGUGGACAUCCCUCCGUCCAAACCCAGCCGUGCACCCCCCCGGGGGUCCCGCAAGCCCGAACCGCAGGAGGAGAGUGACAAUGACUUCUGAACAUGACCCAUUCUCUCACUCACACACACACACACACACACACUCUCUGGGUUCCAAACUCACACUGGUCCUACCUCGCUGCACACAGUCCUGGGUGUCAGCACUGCCCUUGUUUAGGUUAAUUAUUGAAAUGAGCAGCUAGGUAGGUGGCAGGAAUGAGAGCAAUGACUGUGCAAUAUUUAGGUAGCAUGGAUAGGGCAUACUGGUGUAUGUGAGUUUUCUAUUAGGGGCUGUUGAUGUAGCUAGGGAGAGGAAUGGGAUCUGGCACCUGGUAAUUUAAAUAAUAGACCUUGCUGAGGGGAUUUGUGAAUCCCAGGGCUGACAGCAGGACUAGAGUCAGUUUCCAAGCUUCCCACGGUGGCGCAUUGUUAGAGCUGUGUGUUUUUAAAACAAUGAACUCCACCCUCCAUAACUUAAUAACUACAAAUUGUAUCCCUGCACCUGUAGCUUACAUUCUUUCAGGUCAACACGUGAGUUUAAAAAUAAUCAAAUUGUGAAACCAUA